CCAUCAUGGAUCGUAGUUGAUUGGAAGUUACGAUUAAGUGGUCACGUUUAUAUUAUUAGUUUUAAUUAAGAAUACUUUUUAUAAGAAGAAACAAAUCAGAGACUCUUACUCUUUGAUUUGUCAAUUUACAUCAAUUCAUAUUGAUGUAUAUAAAGAGUAAAUUGUUAUAGCCAUGACUGUGAGAGAGUGUUAUUGUGUUAAACUGUCGCCCAGCAAAAAAUCGAUUUACGGAUUGAGAAUGAGACAAAUAUUGUUAGUACUGGUAUUUACCAGUAUAAUGAUUAGUUCUUGUGUUGCUGAUUUGGAACUAUCAUGCACAAACGUGCGAAAUAUCUUUGAAAAGAAAGGAAUGUUGUCGGUGGUGGACAUACAGGAGCAGCCUAACUCAGAUGCGGACGGGUUAUGCGGGAUGCAGGGGUGCUGCGGCGCGGCGGCCCGCGCGCCGCUCACACAGCAGGCGCGCCGGCAGCUCGAGGACGCGCUGCGCAGCGAGCUCGGCAAGCUGGCGGACGUACUAGGCAACAGGGCCAAGCGGUUCGACGACUUCUUCCGCAAGCUGCUGCAGAUCUCGCGCGAGGGCUUCCACGCCAUGUUCAAGCGCACCUACGGCAUGAUCUACGAGCAGCACUCGUACGUCUUCGAGCAACUCUUCGAGCAGCUCGAACGGUACUACACUCUCGGCGACACCAACUUCGAGCACAUGAUGGAUCAUUUCUUUGGCAUACUUUACCAGAAGAUGUUCAGCGUGCUCAAUGCUCAAUACAGUUUCGAUGAAAAGUACUUGAAAUGCGUGAACGAGCACAUGCGCGAUAUCCAGCCGUUCGAGGACGUGCCGCACAAGCUGUCGGUCCAGCUGCGGCGCGCCUUCGUGGCCACGCGCACCUUCCACAAGGCGCUGCGCGCCGGCGCCGACGUCGUGCGCAACAUGAUGCAGGUGGGCGUGGGCGAGGAGUGCGCGGCGGCGUGGGCGCGGCUGCGCUGGUGCGGCGCGUGCGGCGCGGUGGCGGCGCCCGCUUGCAGCCGCUACUGCCACAACGUGCUGCGCGGCUGCCUGCCCGCGCACGCUGACCUCGCCGACAACUGGGACGCCUACGUCGACGCUGUGGAAAAGGUAGCCGAUCGACUUCUUGGUCCAUUCAAUAUCGCCAUGGUGGUAGAACCGAUCGACAUAAAGAUAUCAGAGGCCAUCAUGAGUUUUCAAGAGCACAAUCAAGAGAUCUCCCAGAAGAUUUUCGCCGGGUGCGGAAAGCCGGUGCUGGGCGGCGGCGGCGGCAGCGGCGCCUUCUUCGCGCCCGAGCGCAGCCGCCGCUCGCCGCGUGCGCUGCCGCCGCCGGCCCGCCUCCGCCCCGCCGCCAAUGACGUAGACGAUUUCGAGAUCGAAGCGUCCUUCGAGAGUCUAGUCAACGACGAUCCUUCCCUCCUCAGCCUGAGGACACCAGAAGGUAUCAAAAAGAUAACGGACGAGAUGGCCGAACACGCCAAGUCGAGAGAGCGAUUCUUGCAAUAUAUGAGGGGAAAUAUCGAUUUAGAAGCGUACGAAGAACACGAGAGACGAAAACGAGACGCGGAGCCCGAACCCGCCGGAGGCGCUGAGAUUGACUUCAGAUCGUACGAGUUCGCCGGCAAACGGGGCUCCAAGAAGAAGAAGCCCGCCGCCAAGGCAGAAGACGGCCACGGGUCGGAGUGGGCGGGGCCGGCGCUGGAGAAGCUGGUGCGCGAGACGCGGCUGCGCGUGCGCGCCACGCACCACUACUGGAGCCACCUGCCCGCACUGCUCUGCAGCCCCGCCAGCGUCACCAGCGCGCCCUGCUUCAACGGCACGCACAGCGCCAGCUAUACGUUGAGUUCGGCGGGCGAGGGCAGCGAAGCGCUGGCCGCCAACCCGGAGGUGCGCGGCGCGACGCGCGCGCCGGCCGCCGUGGCGCGCGCACAGCUCGACGCGCUGCCCGCGCUCACCGCGCGCCUCAAGGACGCCUACAACGGCGUCGAAGUGCAGUGGAAGGACGACAGUGAUUCUCUGGCGGCAGCGGAGUCGCAAAUGCACUCGCUGACGGAGCCGGGGUCGGGGUCGGGGUCGGGCGACGACGCCGACGACGAGGACGGCCGCGAUCGUCUGCCCGACGACGACGAGGACCGCGAUCCGCCCACAGACUAUCCGGAAGGGUCGGGCGAGGGUCCGCGUCGUGACGACGAAGACUCGCUGGAGACGGAGGUGGAGGAGCCGUCGGGCACCGAACGGCCCGCGCUGCCGGGCCCCCCUGGGCUGCCGGGCGUGGUGGACAGCCCCAAGUCCAACAACGUGCAGGUGCGCGGGCACGUGGGCGCGGCGCCGCCGCCGCCCGAGCCGCCCGCGCCGCCCGCCGCCGGUGCCGCCGGCGCCCCCGCUCGUCCCUCGCUACAGAAGGCGCUCUUCACCUACGCGCUGCCGGUGGUCUGCGCGUGGUUCGGUACCAUCAUCACCGACUUGAUAUAACCGCACCCCUCGUUACUUCAGUGUUGGACUUGUUACUUGAUCGAUCGUACGAGCGGCCGUUGCGGAAUUGUGCGGGGUAGUGGCUAGUUCAAUCUGCUAGUGGCGUCUGACCUCGGAAGUGUAUUAUGAAUUUUCACACGUGACGUUUCGGAUAAACUGAAGAGAAUGAAUCGGAUAGUAGUAUCCUAGUCAGUAAAAGCGGAAGUCGAAUGGCGUGUGAGCGCUGCUGUGAUAAAAAGAAGUGGACAGGUUAUGCCUACUAAAAAUAUAGGAAAGAAUGUCUGAGCAUGAACUUCCUAGAAAAUUUGUAAAACGAUUUACGACCACUGUGAAAUGUAGUGGAUUUUAUUUAUUCUUUUUUUAUAUUAUUAUUUUAUUAGUCCUGGUUUUUAUAUACUAUCAUUAUCAAUUUAUAAAAGACGCAUGAAUAUUGUCUGCAAUAUGUGGCGUUUAUUAAAAUAUUAGUCGCUAGGGCGGAGCUGGUGGCUCGAACCUGGGUAGGGCCCGAUGUUGCCACCACAUAGUCGCCGCCGACUAGAAAUGGUCACCCCUGACAAAAUCCCCGUGGGUGUAUCAAUUGGAGUGAGUGGCUGAAUAUAUAAUUCUGCCAGUUUGCCACUGCCGAUCACAUUUUGUUAUUGUGCAUGAAGUGUAAAAUUUAUCUUAGCUAGUGAAUGUAAUAUGUCUAUUGUUAUGCGUCAGAUUAAUGUAUUUAGUGAGUCUGUGUGGAAUGCUAAUGAUGAAACUUGGAUGUUUAUGUGUAUUUCUCCAUAUUUAAUAUUUAUACAUAUUUUAUGUAUACAUACUUAUUAUUAGCCAUUAUUUUUAAUUCUAAGAGCAAAUCCACAUAAUGACUCUUUUACGUUAAAAAUGACUUAACUAAAAUGUACAUAUAAAUUAGACUUAAUAUUAAAAUUAAUUUAAGAGACUGAUUCGCUUUCGUUUUUUUAUAUAAAUAAUAUAGCUAAUUUUAUUUGAUCAUACGCAACGGUUAAGCAAAAAAUAUUGUGAUGUAACUAUAUCGCUUUUAUAUCAUAUCUGUUUUUUACUGUUUUUCAUAGUAUCAUUUUUUAUAGAUGAAUUUGAUGUACACUACAGUUUGUCACCUUGUGUCCGCUGUCCGCCGCCGACGGCGCCGCGUUUCAUGACAAGGCUUGCAGUGUGAAGUGAGGUGCACUGCACCUUCACUACGACAAGGUUCACCGUGUCGACCUCUAGCUAGCCUAGCUAGUGUAUAUUAUGGCAUCAGCUAGUGGAUAUUAUUUACAUGUUUCUAUUAAUGUCAAGCUUUGCCAUACUAAAAUAAAAAAGAAACGCACAAUCAUAAAUAAUGUAUAAAGCUAAAAUCUUAUUUUUUGUUUUAAUGCAUUCUUUCCAUCUCAUAUAUGUAAGAUAUAUAUUCAAAUAUUAACCCCGUACUAUGCACUCAAUAUCUGCAGCAAUUUAGGCCCAAAGCCUGCCUCGGAACAAUUAUGAUAUCAGACACAUUAAAUUCUUUAAAACAUAUAUGUUUUCCGUUCAAGGACAAUACGACUCGCCAAGCGACGCGACCCGCCGUGCACGAAUAACAAGUGUGCCCGCCAUAUUGCCAAUUCCUACAAUUAUUAUCAGAUACAUGUAUUUGUUUAAUAUUGCUAUAAAACAGCUGUAUAUAUCUCUUGAUUGAAACAAUAUCCAUAUUAAUAAAACAUAUAGCGAGUAGCACGAGUACGCGGGCUAUAUUUAUCGCCAGAUGAAGCGCGAUAUGUGCGAGCUACGGGACCAAAUUAAUAAUAUAUUGUAUGCCUGAUUUGUGUGCCAUUGUGCUUAUUGUAUAUUCUAUAUUAUUUACUAUGUAACUUUGUGUUAUUCCAAAGGAAUUGUUGCACGAAAAAAUAGUGCAUUGUGCAUCGAGGGGGGGUAAGUGAAAUAUCGGAAACGAAGGUGUUAAUUCGCGACAGCCGCAAGCUGGAGUGAAUUAAAGACUCGAGUUUGCAAUAUUCUUACCCCUGGAGUUACACACAAUGAUUUUCAUCACACUUGCGAAGAAAAAACUAAAGUGUAAGCGAAUUAUUUUUAAAUAAGGUGAAAUUUCAAACAUUCGUCCGACAUAUUGUCAUGUUUUGAUAAGUCAGGCAUCGAAGGCACAGACCUUUCCGGCAUUCAACCACAAUUGAAAAUUGUGUAAAAACAUUACGAGUAGGUACGGCUAUUACAUUAAUCCAAUAGUAUAAACUUUAGUAUUUUAAAAGUAAAACUUAUUUAAAGCUAGUUAUUUCGUAUGAAUUAGUAACACAACAAACCGCGAGAAUAAUAAAGGCCUUUGUCCUUCAGUAGUUUCAGUACACCUGCAUGGCAUGAAAUAAGAUCGAGCAAGUGUGAUGAAAAAGUAAUAAUGUCUCACUUAUAUAUACGUACCUAGCUAACGAAGCGCAGCUGUAUACAACGCGAAUUGUUGUCGCAAUCUGAAUAUGAGGACGUUACGGCUAUUGGUUUACCAGAGUCGACGCCGCUAUACAGCAUUUACUUGAAAUCGAUUUAGAUAUCUAAAACUUAUUCAUAACUUUUACUAGUACAUAGUUACAAGAUUUAACUGUGUUACUAGAAUCGUUGUGUGGUAUUCAGAAUAAGAUAGCGCAUAAUGGCAGCAAUUUAAAAAUAUUUUGUAUUUCAGGCUUUCGUUCGUAAAAAUAUAAAUUAGUAAAGAGUAGAAAGAAUCCUGAAACAAAGGGAACUAAUUCAUGAAUAAAAAUAAAAAUAGUUUCAAAAUAAUAGGCGUCAGGGCUUUUUCACAAGUCAAUAGUGGGCAAUGGUAGUUUUAUAAGUAAAGCCUGACCAGUAAUAUAUGAUCAUUGUCAGGAGGGCGCAUUAUUCUCAUGUUUAUAGUGACAAUUCAAUAUAGUAUGAAAAAAAUAGUUGCAGUGAAAUUCCGCAACAUGGCGCGUGAUCAUAUAUUCCUGGUCAGGCUUUACCAUAGUGGGAUAGUCUCAUUAAGUAAACGCCCACAGACGUCAACUUACUCUAUCUUAUUCUGAAUACCACCCUAGGAUAUGAAGUUGGACAUACAUCAGUGGAGUUUACUAGAUGGUUUGACAACUAAGUAAUCCAGUAAAUUGAAGGCUUUCAAUAAUAUAUUAACAUUAUUUUAUAACCUUAAAAUAAAUUGAAGAGGCAAACCAGAAGUACGGUCCUCAUCAAAUAUAACUCAACAAUUUGUAACACUGUAUAGACUUAAUGUAAAUAUCGUAUUUAAUGUUAUAUAAAAUUAUGUAAUUUAACUACUAUCAUGAAAACUGAAUGUGGCUAGUAGUAGUAGUUUUUAUACAGUUAACGAAACAGGGUACCGAGUUGAUUCAUUAACGCUACAGCGAUAGUGCAGGAUUAAAUAUUGCCACGGCCUAACAGUACCCCGGCAUGCAGGUCGGCUGCACGCGCUGCUAUCUAACUCCUACUGCAAUCUACAUAUAUCGCCAUACAGCAAGUAGUGCGGUGCCCAAUCCCAUUUUUAUUUUAUGACUUCUGAAGUUCUUAUUAUGUUUACGGCACUUUAAAUUACUUGGGGUUUUUCAGAACAAAAAAUACAAUUUACUUUAUUUUUUCGAAUACAGAACAACUCUUUGAUUAUUUCGAAUCGCAAAUUGUUUUUCCUUAUUUAAUCGAUAGUCCUCGUGAUUCUGAGUAGAAACAAUCUAAAAGUUGAUAGUAUUUUGAGUAAAAAAAGUAAAUGGUACCUUUUUUCUGAUAAUGCUCAUUUAUAAAACAUAAUGCUAUCGGUUUGUGCGCAUUCAAGCUGAAUACGACUGAAGUCUCAUAUUCAACUUGAAUUACCAGUUAGACUACGUCCACGCUAAGUUUGCACCGACUUGGCAGUGACAAUGCAAUGCAAUGCAAACACAAAUUGGCAAAGAAAACUUAGCGCGCUCAGACUACAGGCUUUCGUGAAACGUAAACGGUCCCCUGGCGUGUCAAUAUUGCUGGUGGCGAAAGAUAGCGGUGUCGUGUAAAAUGAAUAAAUAUGAAAGUGUUAUUGUGAGUAAUAUUAACGAAAUAACAAAGGUUACUCAGACAAAUGUUGAUUUUAGUUUUACAAUAGUAUACAUUAUUGUUCUCACUUUCUGUUUCCCCUUUUGAUUUCGCAAAUAGUGUAGAGUUGGAGCAAGCUAACACAUGCAUGGUAUUUGCAAUGACGAACUAUGGCAAUGUCAUCAUUAAUGUCUAAUUUCUAUGAAAGUAUGACGUUUAUAAUGGUAGUCCCUCACUUUUUAUCUAUUCAAAUAUUUCAAAUCGUUGCUUGACCAUAGAGAAAUAAGUAAGUAUAGAGUGUUUACUUAUUACAUAGAAAAAACUCUUAUAUAAUAAGUUUUUAAGUAAGCUUAUAAAACAAAGUCCCCCGCUGCGUCUGUCUGUCUGUAUGUUCGCGAUAAACUCAAAAACUACUGAACGGAUUUUCAUGCGGUUUUCACCUAUCAAUAGAGUGAUUCUUGAGAAAGGUUUAGGUGUAUAAUUUGUUAAGGUUUUGUGUAAAUUGGUGGAAAUAUGGCCCGACCCGUGCGAGUCCGGGGUGGGUCGCUAGUUUAUGAUCAGAAUCAAGCUGAAUAAGUAUUUUACGUUAUAAUUAAGUUUAAAACGUAUUAAGGUAAGUUGGGGUAAAGCCCCCUCCGCACUCUUGCGCGAAGCCGCGAACGCGAGUGUGUAGUCGAUUUUCGCAGACAGCGAAAACGACUCCACACUCGCGUUCGCCGCUUCGCCCGCGAUUCACGCGCAUAGUCUGGAGGGGGCUUAAGACUGGGGUAAGAUCCUCGUGCUGUUUGUCCGAGCAAAAUAAAUUAUAUGUUAUAAUAGUCUUACCCCUUUAACCUUGAAUCAUAAGUUCAACCAUACCUUCAAUACAACUUAUUAUUAUAAGUAAGGAAAUCCUUGUAUGGAGUGGGCACUCUAAACUUAUUUCUCUACGGCAAGAAAUAAAACGAGCCUACGGAGGCGGUUGAUCCCUCCUGCGUAUUAAUUGUUAUACGUUUGUAGGCAAGGUAUUCCGGGUAGGUUAUAGUUAUGCAUGUUUCAUUACCUACACGCAACGUCACCCUAAGCAAUAGUUAUUGGUUGUAAUAGAGAGGAAAGUCUAAGAAAUAAACGUGCCUCCUAUUUUGAGAGCCGAAACAGUAUAUUAUAGUACUGUACCAUGUUUUAUAGUCACUUAUUUGCCAAACGUUAACGUUUGACAACCAGUGUUACCGCAUAAUGUACGGACUACGGAUCCAUACAGCGCCAUCUACAUUACCUGACAAAUUUGAGGCACGAAUUUGUCUUAGGCUUUAUAAUUUUUAUAAAUUAUAUAUCCUACAUAAUAAUAGAUAUUUGACAGCUUUAGCUUGUUUCAAGGACGACGUUGCACAACUAACCAUUGUGUCGCAUAUUCUUGACCUAAAAAGUGCUAAAAUAUACAAUAACAGACAGGUUAUGUUAUGUUAGGCUGUGGCAUUCAUAAAUGUUAAAUAUACGAUUGAACAAUGAUGUCAUGCAUGUUAUAUGUAUUAAUACAACACUGGAAACUGCUCAUAUUAACAUAGUGCUAACAUUAAAGUGGCCCACUGACGUGAAAUAUCUACAAUUUCUAUCGCCAGAAACACCAGCCAGUUUGAAUGCCAAUGGGGAGUCUAGUCAAACAGUGUAAUGGCAUUGGAAUUGAUCGCAUGAUAUCGAGCAGUUUCCGCGGCACGGCGGAGACCGGAGCGUUCAUUGUAAAUUGUACCUAGUUAAAAUGUUAUCACAGUCGGUAUUGCAAUGGUGUUUUGGAAAUAUAUAUAGUAGAUAUUCAAUUUAAGAUCAGAAAUAAACAAUAACAUGUGGAA